UCCCCUCCUCUAUUCUCCCCCAUCCUUUGUGGAAAAACUCAUAGCAUCAGUAAUCAGAGCCCAGUCUGUUGAAGUAGCCGGCUUUUGAACCAUGCCUCAGUCCAAGCCCUGGGACAGCUGAGUCCACAGAGAAGACGGCACCUCUGAGGAGACGAGACGCUUUCAUAUUCAACUACAGGACAGUUGAACCUCAGAAGACCAGGAGUGGGAUACUGAGAGACCGAACGAGAGAUGAGUCCUGAGCAAUGUGGCUCAAACAAUAAACAGAUGAGACUAUAACUGCAGGACAUACGCCGGAAUUACUGGGAACAUCAAGCAGGACUACCUGAAGGGACGUGACGGGAGCACAAGCAGCUGGCCAUCUACUCAUUUACCCAGCCAGCAGCAAUGCAGGGGCUGAUGUGGAGCCUGUACAUUGUGUUUUGCCUCUCCCUCUGGGAGGAAAGUUACUGCAGGAGUUCCAGGGACGCCCGGAGGACCAAAGAGCUUUUUCAGCACAGGAGUAAAAGAGCUGCCCAGGAUACUGACGCAAAGAAGUGUUCCUACACUUUUCUGGUUCCCGAGCAGAGGAUAACAGGUCCAAUCUGUGCCAGCACCACCGGCCCAGAACCGGACAAGGACAGAGUGACCCGAAUGGAUAUUUCUGGGGUCCGAGAAGUGCUGAACAAACAGCGCCGUGAGAUUGAAACGCUGCAGCUGGUGGUGGACGUGGAUGGUAACCUGGUGAAUGAGAUGAAGCUGCUGCGGAAAGAGAGCAGGAACAUGAACUCCAGGGUCACCCAACUGUAUAUGCAGCUGCUGCAUGAGAUCAUCCGAAAAAGAGACAACUCGCUGGAGCUGGCGCAGCUGGAGAACCGUGUCCUCAACGUGACCUCGGAGAUGAUGCGUUUGGCUUCUCGGUACAAGGAGCUGGAGUCUCGGUUUGCCCUGAUGGCCUCGGUGGUGAACAACCAAUCUCUUCUGAUUUCGGAAUUGGAAGACCAGUGUCUACGGACACUGGGGCGCAGUGAGUUGCCCGUGGUGCCUCCCUUGGUGCAGGUGGUGCCGCAAAAUAUACCAGUAAACAAUCGUUUCACCAAUGAGAUCCAGAGGGACAGCAAGAGGUCGUUCGGCCGGGGAUCGAGAAUGAACUCUCCUACAACGAGCCCUUUUGGAGUAAACCCUCCUCCACCACAGGGAACACUUACCUCAGAAGGUCCCUUCAGGGACUGUUUCCAAGUGCACCAGGCGGGCCACACCACUAGUGGGAUGUACCUCCUCAAGACUGACAGCAGCGAUCGGCUGGUCCAGGCCUGGUGUGAGCACGGCCUCGACAACGGAGGGUGGACGGUGUUACAGAGGAGGAGAGAUGGCUCUGUCAACUUCUUUCGGAACUGGGAGAACUACAAGAGAGGGUUUGGGAACAUAGAUGGCGAACACUGGCUCGGACUGGAUAACAUCUACAGCCUGGGAAAACAGGGCGACUACAAGUUGAUGAUCGAGCUGGAGGACUGGACGGGGAAGAAGGUGUACGCAGAAUACAGCAGCUUCCGCCUGGAGUCCGAAAGCGACGGCUACAGGCUGAGGCUCGGUACCUACCAGGGCAACGCUGGGGACUCCUUCAGCAGCCACAACGGCAAACAGUUCACCACACUCGAUCGAGACAAGGACGUCUUUUCUGGCAACUGUGCUCACUUCCACAAGGGCGGCUGGUGGUAUAACGCCUGUGGGCAGACCAACCUGAACGGCGUAUGGUACAGUGGAGGAGUUUACCGCAGCAAGUUUCAAGACGGAAUUUUUUGGGCAGACUACGGAGGAGGCUUCUACUCCCUCAAGUCGGUGUGCCUCAUGAUCCGACCAAUAGAGUGAAACCUCACGAGGCGCCGCCAUCUCCGUCGCUAUCUUUUAUUUACCCUUACGAAGACUCUGUGAAAGCACAACACGGAAACCCUGCCGAUGUGCAUUUUAAAAGAGGAAGAUUUAAUAGCUGGAAGUCGACGACUCUCGACAAGACUGGGGAAAAAAACAACAAAAAAACGACCGACGCCUGUUCUCUUCACUUCGCUUUCACUGAAUGUUUCAUUGAACUCUCCGAAACCACGAUGUAUUCAUAUCUACACUGUUUGCCUACUCACUGAUAGUGUAAUGUACAUUUUUCUAUUUACUCAAUAGAACAAAAACGCACCAAAGCAGCGAGACAGUUCGAUGUGCCGGGGUUCAAUAUAGUUCUCAAACUCUUGGACCCUCCUGAACCUGUUGGCUUGUAUUGAAAACCCAUACAUAAAUCCAUCUUAUCCAAAAGAGCUGUUUAGGUCGCAGACAGCUGAGCUGGCUCCAGUAUGUAAAUAUCUUGGCUUUGUAUGAUUAAAUUAAUUUAAGAGGUGUGAUUCUACUCAGGCCAAAUGUUCACAACUGACAGUCUUUGUUAUUUAUCAUCGUAUUUAUGUUAAGUAACACACAGCCACGGCCUUUUUUAUAUAUAUGUAGUACUUAACAAUAGAAUUAUGUUUUAGUUCCAUUGUGUGUCUGUGCAGGAGCGGGUACGUAAGUGGAAAUCAAAACACACACGGAUCAAUAAACAUGUUCAGGUGAACGGAUAAAGAACGCGAGACGCUGAAAGUCAAUAAAUAAUUCAUGUCUCUUUUAAA